ACGGACACACACACACACACAUACAUACACACACACAUACACAUGCAUACUGUUGGAUACCCUCUCACCAGAACAAUCAACAACAAGACCGGCGACGGCAGGGCAAAUUCCAGCCAUUCCGACGCUUGUUUGGGAAGAAGAGGAGGAGGGAGACAGAGCGAACUUUUGAGGAAGCAGAACUCAAACCUAGCCAUUCCACUGGUGAUGUGUGCAAUGGGGGGGUUUCGGGCCAUGAAGAGAUCAAUCAGCAUUUGAGGGAGCUAAAUCCCCUGGGGUCUCGCGCUUUUUCACACGAGAGCGUCUUUAUCCCUGAGGAUUCUGUAGAGAAGCUGUGCUCGGAGCAGACCAUGUCUCAGGAGAACGUCUCGGACAAAGUUAGGAACCUACAAAGACAGAUAGCGCACAACAUAAAGUUUGGCCAGAAGCCCCCGUCACUGCGGAAGAGUGAGGGAGAUGAAGGUAGCUCAGAUGAAGAGGAAAUACCAAGAAGUCCGCUCCGAGUCCUGGCACAGGUGGAGACGGAACCACAGGAAGCCGAGGCCUGGGAAAAGGUUUCGUCUAUUACCCAUGAUGUAGCCCAACACAAGACUCCUGUAAAAUCCCCUCGCACCAAACGUCCACCUCCCCCUGGCACAAUUGAGUCAAUUAACCUGGAUGCUGUUCCACAGUCAGGUCCACGCUUGGACAACACUGCUGCCAAACAUAAACUAUCUGUAAAACCCAAAAACCAGCGAGUUUCUCGCAAGCACCGUAGGUUCACACAGGAGCUUCUAGAGGCAGAUCUUGCAGCAGUACUGCAGGAAGAGACUGAUUUGCACAAAGUUGUAGAUGAAUCAGGAGUCUGGAGAGAAGAGUACGCAAGAAGUCAUGGGGCCAGAGAUGACCAUGAGUUUCCAGAAAAAUCCAAGAAGCAGCGACUUCAGGAAGAGGAACAGGAACGCCUUGAUCUUCAGAGGAGGCGGGAGCAAGAUGAAGAGAGAAGGAGGGAGGAAGAGAGGAGAGCUGAGGAACUGAGGCUGGAAGAAGAGAGAAUUCGCAAGUUACAAGAAGAAGAACGCUUGCGACGGGAGGAAGAGGAGAGAAGACAGUGGGAGGAAGAAAGGAGAAGGAAGGAAGAAGAGGAAAGAAGAAGGAGGGAGGAGGAGCAACGUUUGAGAGAGGAGGAAGAGAAGAAGAGACGUGAGGAAGAAGAAAGAAAGAAGAGAGAAGAAGAGGCGAGAAGGAGAGCAGAGGAGGAAAGAAGGCAGCAGGAACUGGAAGCAGAGCGCCUUCGCAUGGAGGAGGAAAAGAGAAAGAAAGAGGAAGAGGAGAGAAGGAGGAAGGAGGAGGAGGCAGAAAAACAAAGGCUUCAGGAGUUAGAAGAGCAGUGGCGCAGAGAAGAGGAAGAGCGUCUUCUUGAGGAACAAAGAAGAAGACAAGCAGAGGAGGCUGAGCAGAAAAGACUGACAGAAGAAUUGAAAAAGAAGGAAGAGGAGGAUAGAAAGAGACAGCAAGAGGAGGAGAGAGCUGCUGAAGAACAGAGAAAAGCAGAGGAGCUGCGAUGGAGGGAGAUGGAAGAGAGGCAAAGACCCUUCACUUUCAAAGUAUCUUCAGGAGAGAAGCAAAUCCUCUUCCAAAAGGUCAACCUCACCCCAGUGACUCCGUUACCUGGUCAGCAGGGUGACACAGCUGAUGAAACCAAGGAAGGCAGUCCAGGAGGUGCUGAUUCACCAACUUUAUCUUCAUCCCUGUAUGUUCCUCACACUGCUAUCUUAGUAACUGGUGCGCAGCUUUGUGGAACUGCAGUAAAUCUUGAUCAGAUAAAGGAUUCAGCCUGCAAGUCUCUCCUUGGUCUGUCUGAGGACAAAAAAGCCAUGGGCACACCACCAGUGAAGAGCAAGACAUCGCCUGAUCGCAAAUCUGGGAAAACAAAAUCGUUGAAUGAAUCUUCGUUGUCUGUAGAUCAGUCCAGUGCUGCUGUUCUAGCAGAAUGGGCCAGUAUUCGAUCCAAGAUUUUUAAAGGUGCCGAAGACGGAAAAUACCAGGAAUACCCAGAUCAGAACCGUAAGCAGGGGCAAAGUCGAACAACAAGCGAGGACCUGAAUCAACCCCCUUUCUCUCAUGCCAACCUCAGGAAGACCAUGUCAGCAAGCGCCAAAUUUUCCAUCACUCCAGCCAGAAAGAAGUUUGCUGACUCCAACAGGAAUUCUGAGGUCUUCAGUCAAGAUGACAAAGAAAUAGAGAAGGUUGAUUCACUGUCUACAGAUUCAACACCCAGCCAGCCUCUCCACUCACCUUCCUCAGCUGCCAAGGCUCAAAUCAAGGGAGGAAAGGCAGUCCGCAUCUCAGACAGUGCUGAAGAAUGCAAGUUUGCCAAAGACCUCCCUUCCUUCUUGGUUCCAAGUCCACCACAUGGAUCCCCCAAAUCCCUGAGGUCUGAAACUAUGUCCGCCAGCCAACUGAAGGCUGGGGUCAUGGACACAAGCGACGAUGGAGAUCAGAGAGACCAGAGUGGCGACGAGAGGCCCUCACCAUUUGGGAUCAAGCUUAGAAGGACCAAUUACUCGCUUCGCUUCCAUAGUGAACAAUCCAGUGAGAAGAGGAAGAAAAGGUACAGUGCAGGUGAUAGUUUUGAAGGGGUUCCAGUGCCCCUUACUUCCACUGACCAAGACUCGGACUCCUCUGCAUUCUCUGAGAAGACCAGUCCUAAGUCUCCACUCCGAGAGACUGAUGGAAUCAAACUUCAGGCAGUCUCCAGUGUAGAGUCACGGUCCAAGACCAGCAGAAAUACUUUGAACUCCGUAAGUAAUGAACGUGACAAGCUUGUCAAACCCCCGCUUUAUCAGAAACCUGCCACAUGUCCCAGACCAUCCGAAGGUGCCACACCUCCACCAUCUCCACUACCUAAACCUGGGAGAAGGACUUCUGGGGAUACGCCUUCUCAGAGGACAGAAGGGCCAGAAUUGGCAGCUGCUGAAGAGUCCAGUGAUCGUAAAGAAGACUCCUCAGAAUCUGUGCAGAGCCAGAAACAUGGUCAGGGGGAUGAUGAGCCAAAAGAGAAAAAGUCUUUCUUUCCUUCCAUCAGCAUCCCCUGGAGGGAGAAAACGGACCGGAAGACUGAGCUCAUCAGAAGAGAAAAGCCUUCACUUCAGAGCAGGCAUUCCCUGGACAGCUCACGGGCACAGGAGAAGGAGGCAGGACCGCUAUGGAUCACUCUGGCCUUGCAGAAACAGAAAGGUUUCAGAGAACAGCAACAGAGCAGGGAGGAAAGGCGGAACCAGAGAGAGGCCAAGCUGGCAGAGAAACAGGCCAAGGACAGAGAAAGUGUUGGACUAGUCAGUCCUACAGAGGGUAAAGGGAAUGGAAACUCCAGUCCUCCUAAACCGCAGACUCCAGAGGAGAACAAGAGACCAGACACUUUACUGGCCCGCUUUGAACGUCGUGACUUAAAGAAAGCAAACACCCUUCCCAGCUCUGUCACAGUUGAGAUAGCAGACUCGACACCAUCGCCCCCGGCAGCAAAGGACAUAACAAAGCGCUUCCCACCAGGUGACACACCACAGGUUUCCACUGAACCAGCUUGGCUUGCCCUUGCCAAGCGUAAGGCCAAAGCGUGGAGCGACUGCCCGCAGAUCAUCAAGUGACAUUUCCCCUCCGACUUCAAGAAAAGAGCAGUCAAGCUCCCAGUCCUCUUCAUCAUUCAAUAGGCAUCACAUCUCACCCAUGACCCUUCACGAAGGACCCCUGGCAAAAAUCCAUUCACAAACCUUUACCUCAGCCAUUGUCAAUGCACAGAAUGGGUAGCAAGAUGCAUGCAUUUCCAUUUUUUUAAUAGCAGGUGCAAUGGUCUACAGCCAUAGUGAUGCAACUUUGCCUGUACUCAUAGUGUGGAUUCUAUCUGAUUCUGGACCUAAGAGAUAGACAUCAUGAAAUAAGGAAUCUUCUUCCAAAAGCCAUUCCUUGCCCUUGAUCUUCAAACAUUAAACACAUUUUGCACUCAGAUAUAUCUUUUAAAUCAAUCAAAAGCCCAGCAGACCGGUUGAUAGCAAAUGAAAUGGUUUGCAUGUAAUAUGUUUGAGACAUAUUACACAUUGAUCUUUGGGGAAUUAUUUUGGGAGGUGACACAAGGGCUAAAAUUUAGUAGGUGACACCAUAACAAACUUCUUACUUAUUACAUACAGGAACAUCAGAACCGGCUACUGUUUUUUUUUUUGUUUGUUUGUUUGUUUUUAAGAUACUGGUCCAGAAAACAUUCAUACAAAUUAAUUUGUCUUAACAUCACUUGUCUAAUAUGAGCAAGGCUAAAUCUCCUUUUUCUGACUUUGAUAUCUUGGCAAAGUGAGAAGAUUUUCACUGUGUCCGUGACAACUGUGACCGCUGUCAUUUACAAUGUUGUUGAAAAUCACCUUGACUAUGACUUAGAGUCACUGUGUUUACUUAUGUAUAUAACUAACAUAGAAUCUGUCAUUAGUGGUGUUUCCAUUGCACCACCACGUUUAAGUCAAUGCACUGAAAACCAUGCUAUUGGUUGAUGAACGAUCUGCUUCUUGCACAGUGUUUAUUGCCUCCAGUCUCCCUGGGAAUCAUUCCCUGGAAACACAGACUGCCUGCUUGCUGUAAUAUAAACACCGUUAUCCUGUCGUAGCGUGUGCUAGCUGUUCUUGUACCGCAAAUCAAGAAAAUCCGAAAAUCGGAAAGACAACGGGAGAUCAGCGCUUUACAAAAACCCCACUAGGCGGAGUCUAACUAAUGACAGCUCUGCCCUUUUUCUCACAACAGCUUUCGACUAAUAAGAAGCCUUGAUCUCCCAGCAAAAUUCCCACCUCCACUACUUACGUAACAUUUUGUAUGUAUGUAAUGUAUGUAGGUAUGUAUGUAUGUACAGAGGUGAAAUGAAUUGGACUGUGUCCCUUUGGAGACCCCUGAACUGCAGACGCUUCGUCACUUUGUUUUUAAUUUGGUCGUGUGCAAUAGUGUAGCGUAAACAGUGUUGUAUGUAACAUGAAAUAAAAGCAGUUUGUUGGUAAUUGCACUUUUUUUCCCCACUUAGAGGAACUCAUAAGAAAAUUCUUAAAGUAAUGAAAAUGUUAUGAAUUAUGUAGAAAAACAUUAAAAGGUGGAUAUUUGAA